AUGGCGGAAGGCUACAAAUAUCCCUGUUGCGACAAUGGAGAAGACUACGACGCAAGCGUGCGAUGUAGUGAAUGCAAGGAAUGGUUCCACUUUUCAUGUGUGAAUGUUGAUGAUACGGUUGAGAAUGCAUUAUGGUUCUGCGAGAAAUGCUGCAGUGUGGGACCAUCGAUUCGGGAAAAGCAAGGAUCGGCAGGUCAGUCCAAGAUACGCAAACAACCGCAUCGAGCAGCGAAGGAUAAAGGUAGCAAAGAAAACCUGAUCGGUAAGCCAAAGCAUGUACAAGUUUCUAAGAAAGACAUGAAUAGAAUUUGUGAAGCAGAAGAGGGAGAAGCCAGAAAUUUAGGUACUAUAAGAAAGUCAAAGGGUACGUUUCAAAGCGGUAAAGGGUCCGACAAAGGGUUUACGCGGAGUGACAUCAGUGGAAGUGACAUUCGCUCAAGGAAGAGUGGCAGCGCGAGCUCGAAAGCCUCAGUGCGUGAUUCAGCGAAGAAAUCGUUAGCCGAGUUGAAUGAAGCAACCAUGAGAAGGAAGCGUAAAGAAGAAACCCAGCGAAAGCUGCUACAGCUUGAACUUGAAGCCAUAGAGCGGGAUGAAGAAGAGAGUCGUCAGAGGCGUAGGCUGGAAACUUUAGCAGAAGAUAGUUCUUCUUCGGAACAUGAGGAGAGUUCUAGUGAUGACGGGUGCGAUUUUCGUGACAAGGUGAAAAACUGGCAGACUGAACCAUCAGAGCGAGAGAAGUGUCUGAAAGCAGCGAGUGCAGUACACAUUAAGUCGACGAGAUGCAGCGAUCAAAGAACGCUUGUGAUUGCGAGGAAGGAUUCUGAAGCGAGAAUGAGAACCGGCGUUUUACGAAAUGACUCAUCUAGGCCACUAGCAGGACACAGGAACCUACCAGCUUCUACGCCAGCUCAAUGUAUCUCUUCUGAUGAAGAAAACUCAGUUUUUCGAGCAUAUAGAAGUGCGAGGCGUGAACGGUCGACUCGUAGAGAACCUGAAGGACCAACACGCUCACAGAUAGCAGCACGACAAGUGUACCCUAGGACCUUACCCAAAUUCUCAGGACGACCGCAGGAGUGGCCGGCAUUCAUAAGCGCCUACGAACAAGCUAAUCGGUCGUGCGGGUUCAACAAUGACGAGAAUUUGGUUCGAAUACAGGAGGCAUUACAAGGGAAAGCUUUAGAGACGGUGCGGAAUAGGCUUCUUGAACCAGAAAACGUACCAGCUGUGAUCGAGAGGUUGCGGAAACAGUUCGGAAACCCAGAAGUUCUAUCAACUUUGCUUGCUAAUCGAGUACAACAGCUUCCUGGUCCUAGUUCAGAAGAUUUGAAAUCAGUGAUCGAUUUUGGAAACGCGGUGGAUGAGUUGACCCAACACUUGCGAGUGUCGAAGUUGAAUGAUCAUCUAAGUAACCCGAUACUGAUGCAGCAAUUAAUACAAAAACUUCCGUCUUGUUACGCUAUGCAAUGGGUGGACUUCAAGCGCCAGCAGUCAAAGGUUAAUCUGGAGACGUUCAGCGUUUUCAUGGAAAAUCUGGCGGACAAAGCUCUUGAAGUGUCAUACGAAGGAGCACGCCUUGAAGAGGCAAGCAAGGGAAAACGGCGUGAAAACUCUUCAGCAGUUAAAGGUUUCAUACACGUAGCGGAUGGUGAAGUGCAGGAAUGCUGUUGCCACCAUAUUCAAAGGAAGAUGCUUGAUGAUCCAAUCAGAGAGAAGUUGAAUGAAAAUAACAUGGCUUCCACAGAAAGGCCCAAACCUGACAGAAACUGUGCAGUUUGUGGCAAACCAGGUCAUUUUGGAAAGCAAUGUGAUGAGCUUAGAUCGAUGAGUUUGGAGGAUCGUUGGAAAAGGGUACAAACCCUCAACUUGUGUCCGCUGUGUUUGUACAGCCAUGGCGCGAAUAGAUGUUGGUCGAAACGACGCUGCGGUAUAAAUAGGUGUGAGCAAAAUCAUCAUCCUCUGCUGCAUUGGGAACCAACUGGACCUCAGCACGUGGUUGCUAGUUGCAAUAGCCAUCGACAGUGCGAUCAGUCUGUAAUGUUUCGGAUAGUUCCAGUGAUGCUGUACAACAAUGGCAAGCAGCUAGAGACGUUAGCACUUAUUGACGAAGGCUCAUCGGUAACGCUGAUUGAUACAGAGCUAGCACGACUUCUGGAAGCUGAUGGAGUACAUGAACCUCUCAAAAUGAAGUGGACGAACGGAAUCAGCCAAACCGAAAGCGAUUCGGUAAAGUUUACGCUGUGUAUAUCGGACCAGCAACAAAGUUGUCAAUCUACUUUGGCAGACGUGAGAACGGUUGCUAAACUGAAUUUACCGGUUCAAGGAUUGGACUCCGACGAAUUAAAGGAACGUUUCGACUAUCUACAGAAGAUAGAGCUUCCAAACUACACAGCUGCGGCUCCGAAGCUCUUAAUCGGAAUUAAUAACAUUCAUUUGAUCGCACCUCUGGAGUCGAGAAUUGGGGAAGCCGGAGAACCUGUAGCAAUCCGAUGUAAGCUCGGAUGGACGAUUUACGGACCACGCGAUGGUGCAGUAGCUAGUGUACAGUUCAUAGGACUUCAUCAUUGUGGUUGUGACGCAUGCUGUAAACCUGAUCAAGAAAUGAAUAAUGCCCUGAAAGAGUUUUUCCAACUUGAAGCUGUAGGAAUAUCCCCGGUAAACCUCGAAUCGAAGGAAGAUAAACGAGCGCGAGAAAUCUUGGAGAGAACAACGAAACGAAUAGGUAAUCGAUUUGAGACUGGAUUGUUGUGGGCUGAAGAUGACGUAGUGUUUCCUGACAGCUUUCCAAUGGCAGUCAAGCGAUGGAAGAGUUUACAGGUUAGAAUGGACCGUAUCUCAGGCAUAAGUGAGAAUAUCGCUAAACAACUGCAAGAAUACGUGGACAAAGGCUACGCACAUCGUAUAACUGAAGAAGAGAUAAAGGACACAGAGCCAGGAAAGGCCUGGUAUUUGCCAAUAAACUACGUCUUAAAUCCUAACAAACCAGGAAAGGUGCGAAUUGUUUGGGAUGCUGCAGCGAAAGUACAGGGUGUUUCAUUGAAUGAUAGACUGUUGAAAGGGCCUGAUAUGAUCUCGUCACUACCCUCCGUUAUCAACUGCUUCCGAGAACGUAAAGUGGCGUUCGGCGGUGACAUUCGGGAAAUGUUUCACCAGAUCAGAAUACGCUCGCAGGAUCGACAAGCACAAAGAUUUCUCUUCGGAUCAGAUAGCAAAGGUGAACCUCAAAUUUACGUCAUGGACGUGGUAAUAUUUGGAGCCAGUUGCUCUCCGUGUACAUCGCAAUACGUGAAGAAUUUGAACGGCCUAGAACAUGCGGAGAAAUACCCGGAGGCAUCACAGGCAAUAAUGAAGAAGCAUUUCGUAGACGAUUACUUUGACAGUGCUGAUACUGAAGAAGAAGCGAUAAAACGAGCGUCUGAGGUAAGGGAAAUACAUGCUGCAGGAGGUUUUGAAAUAAGGAACUGGGUCAGUAACUCUCAAGAAGUAUUGAAGUCACUUGGAGAAAUUUCUGCGGAACAAACGAGAAUUGUUGAGGUCAAUAAGACAACAGAGGUUGAACGAGUGCUAGGUGUACGAUGGAAUUCCCAAAACGACGUUUUCGUAUUCUCAAUGAACCUGCGAGAAGAUCUUCAGCCAUAUUUGCAAGAAGGAGCUUGGCCUACUAAAAGAAUAGCACUGAAGUGCAUCAUGAGUAUGUUUGACCCAAAGCAGUUUUUAGCCCCUCUCUUGAUACACGGACGUAUUUUGAUGCAAGACGUUUGGCGCAGUGGUAUUGGCUGGGAUGAAAAGCUGCUGCAGGCACAGUACGACGUUUGGGUGAGGUGGACGAGUAUUUUAUCCUUGGCAGAAGCUGUUGAAGUACCACGCUGCUACCUUGGGACCGCAAGCUCGACGGCGUAUAGUUCGGUGCAGUUGCACAUCUUCGUAGAUGCGGGAGAGGAUGCUUAUGGUAGCGUUGCCUACUUCAGGUUUUCGGAUGAGAAAGGAGUGCACUGUUCUUUCAUUGAGGCAAAGACGAAGGUAGCCCCGUUGCAGUAUUUGUCCAUACCUCGGAAGGAGUUACAAUCCGCAACGUUAGGAGCUCAGUUAGCGAAAUCCAUAAAAAUUAAUCAUUCGUUUCCUAUCUAUAAAACUGUAUUUUGGACGGAUUCGAAGGCGGUGUUCUCGUGGAUAAGAUCAGAGCGUAGAAAGUACAAGGAGUUUGUUGCUCAUCGGGUUGGGCAGAUUCUUGAAGUAUCAAACCCUGAAGACUGGCGAUGGGUGCCCACGAAGGAUAACGCGGCAGACGAUUUGACAAAGUGGAGCAAGUCUACCGAGAUCCACUCUGACAGCCGCUGGUUCCGUGGUCCACAGUUCUUGUAUUUCGCAGAGCAGCAUUGGCCCCAUCAAACGCAGGAGGUGGAAGAAUUCCAGGAAGAAUUAAGAGCAAGCGUGUUAUUUCAAAAUGUCGUAGUUUCGGACGGACUAUCGAUGCGGAUUGGGAAUGUAUCUAAGUGGACGGUUCUAGUUCGAAUGGUAGCUACAGUUCUUCGCUACAUGUCAAACUGCAAGCGCUGUGCGCAAAAUCUACCGAUCGAAUCACUUCGUACCGAAGCAGUGAGAACUAAUAACCAACUGAAGCUGAAACCAGGGCACUACGUUCCACUGCGUCAAGAAGAAUAUUUUGCAGCAGAAAAUUGUCUUUGGCGCUUGGCACAGCGCGAAGAAUACGCAGAUGAAGUGGCGACGUUGUUGAAACAGCAAGAUGGGAGAGAGUUGAAACUGGAACGAUCGAGUUUGUUGUUUGACAAGUCACCCUUUUUAGAUGAGUUUGGAGUGGUACGAAUGGAAGGUAGAACGGAAAGAGCAGAGUAUGCUUAA